UAACAAUGAAGACCACCGCCACGAAAACGGGGCGUGGGCUAUAGCACAUGCCGCAUGUCCAAAACCGGGAUAUGCCCAUGACCGUUGAUCACCAUGAUGCCAAGGUUCGCUCUGACGGGCAGCAGCUUGCCACGUCAGCAACAGUGCCACGUCAGCAGUGCCACGUCAGCAGUGCCACAUCAGCAGUGCCACGUCAGCAGUGCCACGUCAGCAGUGCCACGUCAGCAACAAUGCCACNGUGCCACAUCAGCAGUGCCACGUCAGCAGUGCCACGUCAGCAGUGCCACGUCAGCAACAAUGCCACGUCAGCAGUGCCACGUCAGCAACAGUGCCACGUCAGCAGUGCCUCGUCAGCAACAGUGCCAUCCGAGGCUGCCCGCCUACAAGUUGAAGCGGCGGCAGUUGAAAAGCAGCGGCUUCAAGCCGAAGUCGAAGCAGAUACCCAGGCACGCCGCAAGGCGACCCGGGAUCUGCUACAGCGGCAUGAAGCCACCAGCAUAGAAAAGCUCAAGUCUUGGCACUUUGAACCAUCCGAGGAGCACGACGACGCGACACCGGAGGAGCAGCAUAAGGAAUUUUUGGCCAAGCUCUUGACCCGGUUGGUUUACACCUGUAACCACCUGCAGUCCGAGCUGGCGAAUCUCCGAUGGGCGGUGCAAAACCACAAGGGUCUGCACGAGGAUGCUACAUGGGCACUUGAUUCCCGUGUACAGGACUUGGAGCAAUCUGCACCAAGACUAGAUGCUGGCGAGUCCAGCAGCGCACCCUCUACGCGCCAAUUGGGGGAACGAGUUGACCACGUAGUCGCAAUGCUCGGCGACAUCAGUACCUUCGCGGCACCAGCCACCAUCAGCAAGCAACUGGACACCUUGAAGACCGAGGUUCAGCAACUGCACCAGCUGCCUAACAAGGAUGGCAACACCGCGCAACAUUACAAGAUGCCGACAUUCCAAAUCGAGAAGUUCGAUGAUUACACGCAUCAAGAUCCGGUCAUCUGGUGGGAGGGCUUUACGAUGCAACUUCGGAUUCUGUUCGUCCCCAAACACUCGUACAUCGGUGCGCUGUUCCUCAACUCAAAGGGCGGAUAUCUGAAAGAUAAGAUCUCUUGGGAAGAGUUAACACGACUAUGGAAGAAGCGGUUCAUCGUGGACGACGCCCCGACGCUCGCCAUCAACCGCCUCUUCGCUAUGUCGCAAGGCAACACAUCGACAUGUGACUGGCUCACGGAAUGGCAAAAGAUCGCGGCGACGCCGGAUCUCGAAUUGCCAUUUUUGCACCUGCGUCGGGAGUUCUACAACCGGUCAUGUGCCGCCUUGAGCCUUGCACUUGGUGAUCGCGAGCAAUACGCGACCUUCGCCGAAAUCAUCGACAAGGCAAGGGAGAUCAUCAAGACCAAUAGGGCGGCUGCACACGAGAAGUCGGCAUGGCAGCCAACCUAUGUGGAGAAAGGAAAAUUUGGUCCGCGUCCGCAGCAUGUCGCCGCAGUCCACACGGACAACAUUGUGGAAGACCCGGCAGCCACCCAAGCAUCACAUCGGAGAGGCGACCUGCAGCGCUUUGAUCGAUUGCGGAGCGCUUGCAACUACAUGGGCCAGAACUUUAUGGUACGCGCCGACCUUGGCCCACGCGUCCGGAGGAAGUCCCAGACUACGCAAGUCACGUUGGCAGACGACCACACACACAAGUCAAUCGACCGGUGCAUUGAUGACGUCCCCGUGUACUUUGCCCCACAUGCAAGCGAGGCGGUGUCCUUCGAUAUUUUUGACACCAAAUUCGACAUGAUCUUGGGCAUAUCAUGGCUGCGAAGCGAGGAUCACCUGGUGAAAUUCUAUCGCCGCACCGUUCACGUUCGUGAUCGGAACGGAGUACUAGUCCCAUGCACGGUGCCUCCUCCUCACCCUUCGAUCAGCUGCCACGUGGUGUCCGCCGCAAGCAUGCGAGCUUCCAUCAUCAGAGACGACAUCGAGGAGAUGGGGGUAUGUUUUCUCCAUGCCCUCACGCCCCAUGACGCUUCAUCGACGGUCUCAUCUUCGGACCCACACAUCACCGAGCUUCUCGACGCCUACGACGAUGUGUUCGAAGGCCCGCACGGAGUAGUACCAAAUCGGCCCAUCCGCCACGAGAUCAUCCUUGAGGACGGGUCUAUACCUCCGCGUGGUUGCAUCUACCGAAUGAGCGAGGAAGAGUUAAGUGUGCUACGGGCACAACUCGACGACCUUCUUGAGGAAGGCUGGAUUCGGCCUAGCUCCUCGCCAUACGGUGCUCCCGUUCUCUUCGUCCGGAAGAAGAACAAGGAUUUGCGGUUGUGCAUCGAUUAUCGCAAGCUCAAUGCGCAAACGGUCAAGAACGCCGGCCCUCUUCCGUGCAUCAACGAUCUCCUCGAACGGCUGGGCGGCGCCAAGUUCUUCUCCAAGCUAGACCUUAAAUCGGGAUAUCACCAACUUGAGAUCCGCUACAAGACCGCGUUUAAGAUGCGAUAUGGGCACUUCGAAUGGCUGGUUAUGCCUUUUGGCCUUACGAAUUCGGAGUUUGGGCGAGCAUGUGGAGCACCUGCGCACCGUUUUGGAGCGGCUACGACAAGCCAAGUACAAAGCGAACCGCGACAAAUGCGAAUUCGCGCGGCAGGAGCUGUGGAGUACUUGGGACAUUAUGUGACGCCGCAAGGCAUCCGUCCACUUGCGGACCAGAUCGAGGCCAUCCGCGUAUGGCCCGAGCCCACCAACACCACGGACGUUCGUUCAUUCAUGGGGUUGGCAGGCUACUAUCAACGCUUCAUCACCGGGUACUCAAGGAUUGCCGCACUUAUGACGAGAUUACAAUCGCCAAAGGUGUCGUUCGUCUUCGAUGAUGACGCACGCCGAUCAUUCCAAGCACUCAAGACGGCCAUGCUCAUGGCACCCGUCCUUAGCAUCUACGACCCCACCCUGCCAACGAGAGUAACAACCGACGCUUCCGGACUUCGGCAACGAUUCCGAUGGCCAGACCUCAUCACCGAUGUCACUCGGUAUGGCGACUCUUGCGAAGUUUGCCGACGAAGCAAGCUCCGCAACCGCAAUCCCUAUGGCGAGUUGCGCCCGAUGCCUAUCCCACAGGAACCCGGCCUCUCCAUUGCCAUGGACGUCACCGGUCUAAUCCCCCGCGACCGGCUCGGGCACGACGGCAUCCUCACGGUCGUGGACCAUUUGAGAAAGUACGCGCGCUUUCUCCCUUGCAAGUACUACUCCACGACUCUCGAGCUGGCACGCCUCUUGCACACCGGGUGGAUUUGCGGCCACGGUGUACCGGAAGACAUAGUCAGCGACCGCGACACUCGCUUCAUGUCGGCAUUUUGGACUGCUCUCAUGCAGGAGUCCGGCACGAAGAUGAAACCAAGUUCGGCUCGGCAUCCACAGACGAACGGGCAAACGGAGCGGGCACAUCAAACCACUGAAAUGAUGCUUCGUAUGCUCAUCCGUCCGGAUCAGAAAGAUUGGGUUGACCACCUCCCCGACAUCGAGUUCGCCUACAACACUUCGGUGCACCCGACGAUCAGCGUGACUCCAUUCGAGUUGCACCACGGUGGACGAAAAGGCCGUAUCUUCGCCGAUCUGCUCCUCCCACGACCAGCCGACAUCGACGCCGCUUGCUCUCCCGCUUCCGUCCGGAAGCGUCGCGUGCCAUGUCCCAUCCGCGCCGAUGAUCUGGUUUGUGUCUCCGCGGAAGAGUUUGCACUGAAACAGGAUGUCUCACGCAAACUGUUUCCCAAGUGGUUUGGACCAUGGCCCGUAACAUCAGCCGCAGGCGAUGAGCCCGAUGGCCCUUCAUUUGUGAUCAACAUUCCCUCGCAUCUGACGGUCCAUCCAGUCUUUCACGCCUCGAAGCUGGCGACAUACACACCAGUUAAGAGCGACGACUUCCCAUGCCGACGAUCGCAUGACCCUCCUUCUAUGGAUGGUCAUCAGGAAGUUGACCGCGUCAUCACCGAUCGCAAGUACGACAGCAAGCCUCGACAAUAUAAGGUUACAUUCAAAUCAUGCGAUCGCGACGACACGAGGUGGAUUUCAGGAGCAGAUUUGAAAGCAACCGCACCGCUGAUCUACACUCGUUACGAGAAGCAAAGGUUAACUCAGGGAACUUCACGACCUGCCCCUCCCGCCCAGACUGUGGUCCCUCCCUCAGACAGACAGCUUCGCCCUCGCAGGCAAGGGCAAAUCAGGAAAUUGAGCACCGCCGGGAGUGACUCGACGACACUCUCGACGCCUUCGGAACCGGUCGCUUCGCGGGUGACCGCCCUUCGUUCCAAGGCACAUGUGGAAGUCGAUAGUCCUCCUCUUCUGUAUUCUCUUGAGGACUAUGCUGCCCGGUUUGUUCCUACGCUGGGUACUCAAGCUCAAGGACAAGACGUGUGUGCGACAUUUUCUCCGUCCGACAGCGGCGACUUAUCGUCUUCAAGUGGUUCUUCACGAGAUUCGGCGCGCGAGUUCAACAUAGAGGUAUUGGACCCGCUCACGUUCGAGGACUUUGCAUGGCUUCCUCUCCCGACCACGGGCCGCCUGCCGGGACCGCAAUGCGCAGCACUAUGCGCUCAUCUCCACACGUACUUAUCCUUCUAUGCACCACCAACUUCACUGACGGAUGACGAAGUCGCGGUGGGGGACGUCCUUGCGUAUGUUACCAAGGUGGCCUGCGAGUUUUGCACGCAACGGUACGAUGACAACAACGCACCGCUCUUGUAUGUCCGCAUCCAGGUUGGGCAAGCGUCCUGCAGCGCUUUGCUGGAUAGCGGCGCGUCUCACAAUUUCAUGAGCCAAGCCUUUACGCAAAGGGCUGGCCUUGGCGCACAAGUUCAGAGGAAGGCAAACCUGACGGUGAUCAAGUUGGCGGAUGGAAAGACACAACAAAUUCUCGAUCGUUACAUCGAGGCCGUACCGGUUUAUUUCGCACCUCAUGCAUGCGAAUCUGUGAUGUUCGACAUUUGGACACGGACUUCGACAUCAUUCUGGGAAUGCCUUGGCUUGCAAGUGCGAAUCACACGGUCAACUUCCACCGGCGGACUCUUAGCGUUCACGACGCCUUCGGUGCCGAAGUGGCGUUUCGCCGACAUCUUCGAGUCACCUACCGGUGUGGUGCCGGAUCGGCCGAUCUCUCACGAGAUCAUUCUUGAGGCCGGUGCCGUGCCGCCGAAAGGUUGCAUCUAUCGGAUGAGCGAGGAGGAGCUUGAGGUCCUCCGCGCACAACUCGACGAUUUGUUGGCCAAGGGUUGGAUCCGCCCUAGUAGCUCCCCAUAUGGAGCACCAGUUCUCCUCGUCCGGAAGAAGAACAAGGAUCUACGAUUGUGUAUCGACUAUCGCAAGCUCAACGCGCAAACCGUCAAGAAUGAAGGGCCUCUUCCUCGCAUCGGCGAUCUUCUUGAGCGAUUGGGCGGCGCAAAGUAUUUUUCUAAGUUGGAUUUGAAAUCGGGAUAUCAUCAAAUCUCGAUCCGGCCGAAUGAUCGCUACAAAUCCGCGUUCAAGACACGGUACAAACAUUUUGAGUGGCUGGUUAUGCCUUUUGGCCUCACCAACGCCCCGACGACCUUUCAAGCGGCAAUGACCAAUGAGUUUCGUGCAAUGUUGGACCGGUUCAUGCUGGUCUACUUAGACGAUAUUCUCGUCUAUAGCCGGUCAUUGGAGGAUCAUCUUGGGCAUCUUCGACGAGUGUUGGAAACGCUCCGCCACGCCAAGCACAAGGCCAACCGCGACAAGUGCGAAUUUGUCCGGCAAGAGCUGGAAUACUUGGGCCAUUUUGUCACACCAGAAAGCAUCAGUCCGCUAUCGGACAAGAUUCAAGCCAUCGAAGAGUGAUCGGAGCCUCGGAACGUCACGGAUGUUCGUUCGUUCCUUGGCCUCGCCAGCUACUAUCAGCGUUUCAUC